CAAAUUACACAAACCAAAUUAAUGCAAUAAAUUUAAGAUAAUUACAUCAUGUCAGUGGCUAAAUUCCUGAACCGCUCCCUGGAAAGGGUGGGCAAGGAUGCAGCGCGGGUCUGCACUCUUAAACCCGUGGAACCCGAGCACCAGACCAUCCAUCUAUCCUCCGGCGAGAACUUUGUUGGGCGCAGCCGGGUGACUGGAAUCAGGGACAACAAGUGUUCCAAACGUCAAUUACAGCUCCAGGUGGACCUGAAGCUUUGCGGCGUCAACUUGAAAGUGAUGGGAGUGAAUCCGUGCGGUGUCAAUGGAGUGAUGAUCAUGCAGCACUCGGAGUGUGAGUUAAAACACGGAGACCUUAUAGAAAUAGUGUACGGGCGGCACCCCUUCGAGGUGGUCUUUAAUCCCCCGCCAACAGAUGGCCAGGAGGAUCUACAUUCGUCAUCACCAACGCCAUCGACUGCAGCCAAAAUAGAAAGAUGGGACUCGGCAGCCAACGGCAAGUUGGUAAUUUUCACCAGCGCUGGUGUGACUGCCUCUUCAAAGGUCGCCGGCUACGACAUGGAUGGCACGAUCAUCAAAACCAAAUCGGGAUACGUCUUUCCCAAGAAUACCGAAGAUUGGCAGAUUAUCUUCCCUGAAGUUUCGGAAAAACUCAGGAGUCUCCACAAAGAGGGAUUCAAGAUUUGUUUCUUCACCAACCAAGGAGGCAUUGCCAAGGGGAAGGUCAAGCUAGAUGAUUUCAAGGUCAAGAUCAAGCAGAUAGUGGCGAAAUUAGGCGUCCCCGUCCAGGUAUUCAUCGCCAUUGGCGAUGGCUACUACCGUAAGCCGCUGCCCGGCAUGUGGGAGCACCUGAAGGAAGAAAUGAACGAGGGAGUGGAGAUACAGAAGGACCGCAGCUUCUUCGUGGGCGAUGCGGCUGGCAGACCUGAGACGGGGAAGGGCCCCACCAAGCAGCGCAAGGAUCACUCGCUGGCCGACAGACUCUUCGCCACCAACAUUGGACUAUCCUUCUACACACCGGAGGUGCAUUUCUUGGGCCGCCGAGUGGAGCAGUGGAACAAGCCGGACUUCGACCCCACCUGCGUUCAGGACCAGGUAGGCCUCUUCGAUCCCGACGAUAUUAGCUUCGAGAGCCAUCCCAAUGAGAUGAUAAUCAUGGUUGGUUUGCCCGGUUCUGGCAAAAGUCACGUCUGCAAUGUCUUCUUCCAAUCUCGUGGCUACAAAAUCGUCAAUGCAGACACACUAGGCAACGUCCAAAAGUGUCUCAGUGCCUGCCAGGGAUACCUGGAGUCCGGAUAUUCGUGUGUGGUCGACAACACCAACGUGGAUGCGGCCUCCCGUAAGAAAUUCCUGUCAAUAGCCAGCGGCCUGAAGGUCCCCUGUCGGUGCCUGGUGAUGAAUCUUUCCGUAGCCCAUGUGAAACACAAUAUAGCUUUUCGUGAGUUGACGGGCGCAAACCAUUCGAAGAUCAGUGAUAUGGUCUUUAACACGAUGAAGAAAAAGUACCAGGAGCCGGUCUUAGAUGAGGGAUUCCAAAGCAUUCACAGGGUGAACUUCAAGCCGAAAUUCGCCAGCGAACAGGAGAAAAAGCUGUACAAAAUGUAUUUAGUGGAAAAGUAGAGGAGUUUAUU